CAUGUGACUAUACAUUUAUGUAUUGUAUGAUUAUCUACAUGUUUGUAUGAGAUACUGAAGUAGUGUUAAAGUCCUCGUAUCUUCAAUAUAAACAAGAUUUGAACAGGAUAACAUUGAUUUAAAUUUAUUAAACUCUCUUUAAAAACAUUGAGAUGAUUUAGAAACUUUUACGAUGGGAAAUUGUUGCGGAAACGAGGAUGAACAGAAGCCUCUUCUAAAUAACGGAACAGUUGGUGUCAGAACCGGAACUUUGUCGCACACACUUCCAAAUGUUUACGAACAAUCCCCGCAGUCGGCAAGACGACACAACCCGAUUAAACGCAAGGAAUUUGAAACUUCAAUUGAAUUGAUAUCUGCCGUUCAGUUACAGACUGUUCCUUUAGUAACAAUUGACAAAACACUCAAGGACUUGGGAAAGUUAUACAAUGAAGUUGUAGAUAACUUUAGAUCGCUUGAAAUGGAGACUAAUCGCUUCAAGGAAUAUUUUAUAGCGGAAACUGCUGGAAUACCUGUUCUAGCAGAAUGCGUAUUGAUACUGAGGAAAAGAGCAGGUGAAGUGGUUAUCAGAUUAGACAGAAAGUCAAAGAAUUUCAUAGAACUAACAUAUGACACCAAGGAAAUAACUCGAGUAUGCGAAGUUAAUCCAGAAACUGUUAUCCGGCCAUUAGAUCAUUUUUCCAACGCAUGUCGUCAUAUCCGUAACGUCUUAGAGCAUGCACCUCAAGUUGAACGUAACGUUAAAAUUAUUCUACAAGAUGAGGAUAUUCUGAAAAAGGAAAUCAUGAAAACAGAUUUGUCUACCACGGAGAUUCAACAAGGUAUUAAGAUAUUUUGUGACAAUGUUUCAAAGUUACGGGUUGUUGCUGCUGGAACCGACACAAUCAAGAGAGACGUUGAAAAUAAGUUUAAGGAGUUUGUGAAAGCAUCUGAAGGCUUUUUUAAUGAUAACCAAGUCUAAAUGAUAAAUCAUUUUACAUAUUUCAAAUCUAAGAAUUAAGCUUUUUUCACUGCAUGAGACAAAAGUUAUCGUACUUUAGUUAUUAACAUUACUUAGUGCUUUUCAGUACUGAUUGUAAUAUUUUAUGAUUACUGUGCUUGGUCAUAUUUAUUUUUUUUAACAAUAAUUAAAGUAUUAACAUAUAUACAGAUUGUUAAAAUAAACCAGAACGUGUUUGGUGAAAAUACUAUCGCCUAGAUUCUUGUCAUUAAAAAUAUGGUUAAACCAGUUAUAUAGCUUACAAGAACUCCGCGGGUCGGAUGUGCCGCCUUGUCAACAGUAUAGCUGUCAGUUAGGCAUUUUCUUCUUAAAUAAUACAUAUAGUCUUCAGGUCAAUAAAAAUCAAAGUGCUGAAGGCACUGCAGUUGGGACGUACUUGAAGGAUCAAAAUUACCAUUUUUUACUAUUUCGGGGGCAGAUAAUUCAAUGAGUGAAGGGUGUUGCCGGUUGAUAAAUAUCAAGUGCACAAUUCAGUAAAUGAACAGUAGUUGAUACAAUCAUUCUAUGAAACACAUGUUCAAAUAUAAUAUUUAGGUUACAUGUACGUGUAGGUCCAUCACAAACCGUUAUUGGCCCUAACAAGUGAAAUAAGAGCUACCAGAGGAAAGUGCAAGCUCGACUUUUUUAACACAUGACAUAAUAAAGGGAGACAAAGCUAUGAAAAAAUAAUCAAUUGUGAUAUAAAUAUAUUAAAUCUUCUGUAUCAGUAUCAAGAAAACACUCAAAUGGUCAAUAUUUUUGCACCACGUUAUAUGAAUGUGGCCAUGUCAUUAGAACUUAUGAUGACUUUUGUUCACUGCACUUCUCAUGCUAUUCUCUUUCACUGUAUGAAGUUUCAAUCAAAUUCCUACAAUAUUUUAAUCCUCUCUCUGAACAAGUAUCAUGAAAUAAUAUAAACGGAGAUAAUUCAAAAAUUAAGUAAUGUAGAAUUUUGGUUAUUUGACACAGCACUUCUGCUCACUAAUCUCUACAACUGUAUUUAGUUUGAGUGAGAUAUCAUUGAAAAGAUUACUCCAGACAACCAAUAUUUUAAAUGUUGAUGUAUUAUAAGAGAUGAUAAUUGUAAAAUUAAGCUAGGAAAAAUUAUGGUUCUUUGAAAAUACACUUCCUUUCACUUGAAUGUUUUCGCUGUGUAAAAUUUUAAUCAAAUUCCAUCAACUCUUUUCCAGUAUUUCUCUGGACAAGCAUAAUUAAGUACAUGUAUUAUAAAGGGAGAUAAUUAAAAAACUAAGGAAUGCAGUUAUGGUUCUUUGACACUUUGGCAAAUUCGAGUCUGUACAACUGGGUGUAGUUUAAGUGAUAGUUUGGAAUAAGCAUUUUUAACUUAAGGGAGAUAAUCAAAACAUGAAGCAAUGUAGAGUUAUGUUUCUUGAACACUGCACUUCCUCUCAAAAGUCUCUAUCACUUUGUGAAGUUUACAUAAAAUCCCUUCAAUACGUAUCUAGUUAUAUUCAUAUUCCGGACAAGAGUGUGAAGGACAGAUGUCUUCCUAAGUUCACAAUGUUGGUUUUUUUCUUUAAUCAUCUAAAAUCUCAAAAACACCAUUAGAAACAUAUUUUCCUCCCUUGAGCAACCUUUUUCCCCACAAGUACAAGUCUGUAUGGAAUGAACAUGGAUAUUAAUCCAUAAUAUUACUUGAGUCCAUACAGACAGAUGGUUAAGACAGCAACUGUAUUCUCUCCCUCCUUUUGGGAGCAUAAAUUAUAAUAACAUGCUAAAUCUCCAUAUGGUUCUAUAUCAGAUACCAGUAUGAUGAACCUUGCUUUUGUACCUUUUGAGUGAUAUCAGAAUUCAGAUUUUAUUGACAUACAGAAAGGGGUCAGCCUUUAGUUCCCUCUUGGUGAAAACAGAAGGGGACUUAUAACAACAAUUUAUUCUAGUUUCAAUUCUCAGGUUUAUUACUUUUCAUUAAACCAGGCAAGCUAAGAUAUGAAGUAUGCUAGCUCUGAAUAUAUUUACACAACAUUACUAAACAUUACACAAUAUUUUAAUAAAUUUUGGAAUGUGCAGUCAUAUGUUACACAAGUCCCAGGAGCUUCAAUUCAUGGAAACUUUUAAGGAAUUCAGUCAAAAUAUCACAAUUGAUUUAAUUUAUCACUGCUGGGUAAGUGUGAUGGUUUUGUUUGAAGCCAAAACAACUAGAUUUAACAUUUUCCUUCAACACAAUGUUCAUGACUGGCCCUUUACUAUUGACAGGGGAUUCAACUGAAGUGCUAACUCAGACUACCCCUCUAAAAUAGUCAAACUAGUCCCAAGUGUUCAUGGUGCCUAUACAGUUAUGAUCACUACAUCUGGAGAUUGGAGAUUCCCGCAGACUGUUAUGCUAAUCUUCAUUUGCUUGACAGUGACACAUGUCCACCUUAAAAUAAUGCAAUAACAAUUAUAUGAAGUGCAAUAAUUUGCAAAAAAUGCUUAUCUUAUUUGUCUCUUCUUACAUUUAUAAUGCAGAGCACUAGAUUUGUGUGUCUGUCAUACAAAAUGACUUUCAAUAACACUAUUUAAAUAUAUUUGAAAUACAAUUUCUUUAACAAAAAAUGAUGAAAAUACAUGAAAUUACCCAAAAUCGCGUUUUUCCAUGUUUAAACAUUGCCUUACAUAUAAAUUUGAGGAAAAAUUGUUGUUUUGUAGAAUUUUUUAUUUUUUUCAUUAACCCAUUACUUCAUGAGCAUUUUGUGAAAUAUGGCUGUUUUCAUUGAAAAGUCUCCCGGUACAAGUUCAAAUUGCUAUAAAACUAUGAAAAAUGCUUCAAUACUAAUCAAACUUGGCACACAUGUUAACUGGACCAUUGCCUUUGUAACAACAUGCUCAAGCUUAAAUUUCCUGUUACCAUGGCAACGAGGGGACAUCUCAAAAUUGCCAAAAAUCACUAUUUUUCGUUGAUUUUUUCCAUCAAAAUUGAUUUCAAAGUGCUGCAACUUCCCAAUGGAUUGAGAUAGAGUCAAAUGCUUUUCAGCGUUGGUUACACGUUACGUUAUGAUCGAUCUGGGGUCAUUUUUAGCCUCUCACAAGUACAAAAUUUUCUUGGCGAUGAGGGGACCGCCCCAUUCAAACCCCCCAAACAGAAGGGGGCACAUCCCCCUUCUGGCAACCCCCUGAUGUAUCUUUUGGUUGGGGAGUCGCGCCGAAAAAGUGGUCACUUUUUUAUCAACAUUUCUCAAACCAAAACUUGUGUUUGGGGCCAAAACAGGACAUUUUUUCAAUAUUUGAGACCUAAAGAGGGGGGGGGGGGUCAAAAAUGCGUUGUUUUGCAUAUAUAUGAGGUAAAGGGUUAAUAAAUACUUAUAGUAUCACUAAAUUCCCUUUUUGUGAUAUUUUUUCUGUCACAUAUGUUCAGACAGUAUACAAUUUAUUUGUUUAGACGGCAUACAAUUUAAAGGUAUAAUUAUUUAUUGGCUACAAAUAAAUGUAAAUAAUGAUCAGUUUAAUAACCAAUAUGAAUGUUUCAAAGAUUAUCCCUUCAAACUAUAAAAACAGACUGUCAGUUAAGCAGAUCUUAGCAAUUGAGGCACACUAAGCAGAAAAAAUGGUCAAUCAAAGGGUGGGAAACAUUUUUAUACAUAUUUAAAUCAUUUGGUGGAGAAACAAUCACUUCCCAGCUGUGCUUUGCUAUUAAAUAUUUUCAUUUGUUUCAAUCUUGAAUAAUCAAAAUGUAAACAAGGAUGAACUGUAUUGUAAAUUUUGCAUACAUAUUGAGGUCUUGUUCAAGGCAAAAAAAAACUGUAUUGUAAAUUUUGCAGUUACUUGUAAUGCCCUGUAGGAUUGAUUUGUACCACCUUAAAAUACCAUACUAUGAUAUUUCAUGUAAGUGAUUAUUUUCAGCAAAGGAAAAAGACUGUCAUAGGCAGUAUCUUAAUGACAGAAAUAUUUAAAGUAUGUUCUUAACUAACACUAUAAUAAAGGGUGAGCAUGCACUGACUUAUUUUAGGCGGUAGUAUAUAUGAACAAGUCUUGGACUAUUUCAGUAUGUAGAUUAGAAAUGCAAAUUAAACAAUUUCAGUUUCAAGCCUUUUCCUAGACAUUUUCGGAAAAAUUUCCUAGCACAGGUUAGGAAAUUUUGCAUCUUUAUUGGGAAAAAUAUUCAGUACCAUGUACAAAGUUGUUAAUCCAACAAAUUGUAUAUUAUUCAAAGCAUAAAAAAUGCAUAAAAAAUUGACAAUGAAAUGUGUUUUUGAACAUCAUCUGUCUGGUACCAUAUUGGAUUGAAAUGGAAUAAAAAAAAUUGUCAGCUUUGAUAACGGGAAUUUUGACUAGAUUAUGAUUUUUUUCUUAACAUGGAAAAAAUAAGCAUAUUUGGCAUUAUUUGCCACUGGGAAUGGGUCUGGUAAUCUGGCCUGUGGUGACACUGGUGAAAAGGCAUAUGUUUUCAUGAAUAGUUUUUGGAAAACAGUUUAAUUUGUGAAAUAUACAUCAAACAUUAUACAAGUACCUGUUGUUUGUGAUAAUCUUCUUGCCUUUCUUUAGUCUAGCUACAUAUACCAACAUUUCCAAGUGAAUAUUGGAGUAAAAUUAAUGAUCUUUUAUUUCCCUGAAAAUAUCAAUUUAGAGAUUUCAUCUUCAAAAUUAUCUAAUACUACUCUCUUAGUGUGUGUAUAUACAAUGUAUAUAUAUGUGUACACCAUAAUAUGAUUGUGGACAGCAUGUAAUGACAUAAAAUUUGAAAAUUUAUUACAAUAAAAUUUCUUCAUAUUACUCCACAAUAUUACCACUAAAAUAGAAAAUGUUCUUAUCAUUUUAUUAUGAUAUUUAUUUAUUACAUGUAUAUUUGUGAAUAAAAUGUGAAUAUCAGUAUUAUCAAAAA